GACCAUCAAUCUGCUAGCAUAACUUGCAAACUAGAAAAUUUGAUAAAAAGACGUGAAAUGGCCGACGUGGUAAUUUCCUUUGCUGUACAAAACAUUAUACCAAUACUACAGGAAAAGCUGAGAGAGGCGGGAGAAGUUGAGACCGACGUGGAGAACAUCAGAUAUGAGUUGGAUCGAAUGACGGCAUUUCUCAAAGAUGCUGAUAGUGUCAUGGAGGAUAGGGACGAGAGGAAAGAAAAUUGGGUUAAGGAAGUUCGCAAUGUUGCACACGACACUGAAGAUGUUCUCGACAAAUUUGUGCUCAUGAUGAAGAAUAAUCAGGGCAGUGGGUGGUCCAAUACUGUUCUUCAAAAUUUUUUAAAUUGCGCCGGAAAUAUAAGAUUCCGUUCUGAUAUUGUUUCUGAAAUCAAAAGCAUUAAUACUCGUGUCAACAGUAUUAAAGACGGAUGUCAGAAAUAUUUUGGCCUUGCAGGAGGUUCAAAUUCAAAUGUUGACGCCAGCAUUGACGUUGCAUAUGAUACCAGACGUGAUGCCCUUUGGGAAGAAGCUGAUCUUGUCGGAAUUGAGGGACCCAAAGGCAACUUAAUGAGAAAGAUCAUGGAAGGUGGUUUAGAUCUGCGUGUAAUUUCAGUGGUAGGAACGGUAGGCGUGGGGAAAUCAGCUCUUGUUAAGAAAGUGUAUGAUGAUGCAGCAGUGAAGAAGAGCUUCCAAAGUCACGCUUGCGUAGCAGUCCCUCAAGCCCUUUCCGACAAAACAAAUAUUGAAGAGCUUUUAGAGGAUUUGAUUAAGCAACUCUAUCGUGAAACCAUGGAAGCAGUCCCUCCUGAAAUGAACACCAAGAAUAAAAAUAAUCUGAAGGCAGGGAUAAACCAAUUCUUACAACAAAAAAGGUAUGUGAUUUUAUUUGAUGAUGUACGGAGCAUCCUAGAAUGGAACGCUAUUAAAAGUGCAUUUCCUGACCACUCUAAUGGCAGUAGAUUAAUUGUAACAACACGUGAUAAUGCUGUAGCUUCCUAUUCUAGUGUAAUGGAGGAGAAUGUAUGUAGGUUGGAGCCCCUAGCUCCAAAGCAUUCUUUGACACUGUUUUGUCAACAGACGUUUCAAGGGAGACCGUGUCCUUCCCAUCUGGAGAAAAUUACUAAUAAUAUCUUACAGAGAUGUGGAGGGUUGCCGCUUGCUAUCAAGUCUAUUGGUGCAUUUCUGGCCUCAAAGAGCAAUAGACCGGACGAAUGGGAUGUGCUUUAUCAGAGUCUUGGAGCUGAACUGGCAGGCACUCAAACACUUCGGAAUUUGAAUACGAUCUUGUUGCUUAGCUUCAAUGAUUUGCCUUAUUAUCUAAAAUUAUGUUUGUUAUAUAUGGCCAUAUAUCCAGAAUAUCAUUUGAUAAAGUAUAACUCCUUGAUUCGCCUAUGGAUAGUGGAAGGUUUCGUGAAUGAAAUAGGAGGACAAACAGUGGAACAAGUUGCUCAAGGCUACCUAAAGGAACUUGCCAACAAAAACCUGAUCCGAGUGGUGAAGUCUAAAGAGAAUGGAAACAUAAAAUCUUGCCGCAUAAAUUACUUUCUCAGGGAGAAACUUCUACAAAAAGCAAAACGUCAGAGUUUCUUGAUGAUAGUUGGCAAAAAUUCCAAUGGUCGAUGGGACAAAAAUGCUCGUCGCUUAUCAAUCCAUGGCUCGUGGGAAAACUUUAAUCCUCAAAUGUCUGGCAAAAAACUCCGUUCUUUGCUUGCAUUUGGUGUGACUGAUUUGAAAUCCAUGUCAUCAAUACUUGAGCUGCUCAAAAGUUGUACGAUGCUUAAAGUUCUGGACCUAUCAGGAUUACCUCUAGAAUCAUUCCCAAAGGUAAUCACCAAGCUCCUUCUUUUGAAACAUCUAUAUUUGAGGCGUACAAAAAUUAAAUCAAUUCCAAGAUCAAUAAAGAAGCUUCAAGAACUAGAGGCGUUGGAUCUUAAACACUCACUUGUCACUGAGUUGCCCAUAGAGAUCUUACAACUCCAGAAACUGAGACAUCUCGUAAUAAGUCGCUAUGAGGGUUAUGUUGAACAUUCGUAUGCUCCAAUGGAGAAGUUUCUUGGUUUCAAGCUACCGAAUGGAAUUGAAGCUCUAAACUCUUUAUACCAACUGGCUUUCAUUGAGGCAAUCCCUGGCAUAAUAGAAGAGAUAGGGAACAUAAAAGAACUAAGAAGACUUUUUAUAUUCAAAUUGGGAAGAGAGCAUGGAAUGAUGGUCUGUUCAUCCAUUGAAAAGCUCCCAAAUCUUCAAUCAUUAGCCUUGUUUCCAAAAACAGAAAAUGAGAUCCUUGAUCUGGAUCACAUUUCAUCCCCUCCUGCAUCCCUUCAGGAGCUCUCUGUGUCAGGACGUUUAGAAAAAUUUCCGCAUUGGAUAAAAUCUCUCGACAACUUGGUUAAAGUUUAUUUCAGGUGGAGUCGGUUAAGAGAUGAUCCACUCCAGUAUCUCCAAGAUUUGCCAAGCUUAGUCCGUCUUGAAAUUCUUGAUGGAUAUGUUGGAGAAGAACUGUGUUUCAAGGCGGGAAAGUUUCAAAGUCUUAAAAAGUUAUACCUUGACACGUUUGAAUCUCUAAAACAGGUGAUAAUUGAGGAGGGGGCAAUGCCAAAUCUGAAAAGGAUAAAGAUUCAACGGUGCAAAUCUCUUGAAAGUGUUCCAUCUGGAAUUGAAUGCCUUCCCAAGGUGGAAGUUCUUAAACUUUUCUACAUGAGCCCAGAGUUCAUUGAGAAACUGUCUCGUGAGGAUAACCAUAAAAUAGCACACAUUUUCAAAGUACUGCUGAAGGAUGAUGUCAAGAAAACUGAAGAUGAUUGAGUUUUUAAUUAUCUUUUAAUUAUUAUUUUAUUAAAUAAAUUCAGAUUUUAUUUCCGUCCUUUCGGAUUAAUUCUGAAUAUUAGGAAUUUUAAUUUUUAUCA